GCGUGGUCUUGCUUCCCACCGGAAGCUUUUGUCCAGCGCCCCGUGUCCCCAGAGGGAGGGGGCGGUGGCGGCAGCUGGGGCUGCAGAAGCAGCCCGGGGGUCCGGAAGUCAACAUCAUGUCGAGUCUGCACCAGAGCCGGAUUGCAGAUUUCCAGAAUGUCCUGAAGGAGCCCUCCAUUGUGUUGGAAAAACUUCGAGAACUCAGUUUUAGUGGCAUCCCCUGUGAGGGCGGACUGCGGUGCCUCUGCUGGAAGAUCCUCCUGAACUACCUCCCUUUGGAGAGAGCCUCAUGGACUUCCAUCCUGGCCAAGCAGAGGGGCCUCUAUUCUCAGUUCCUGAGAGAGAUGAUUAUCCAGCCUGGCAUUGCCAAGGCCAACAUGGGUGUAUCCAGGGAGGAUGUGACCUUCGAGGACCAUCCCCUCAACCCAAACCCUGACAGCAGGUGGAACACGUAUUUUAAGGACAACGAGGUGCUGCUGCAGAUUGACAAAGAUGUCCGGAGGCUGUGCCCAGAUAUAUCCUUCUUCCAAAGAGCCACUGAGUACCCCUGCCUUCUCAUCCUGGACCCGCAGAAUGAGUUUGAGACCCUGCGGAAGCGGGUGGAGCAGACCACACUGAAAUCUCAGACAGUGGCCCGCAACCGGAGUGGAGUCACAAACAUGAGCUCCCCGCACAGGAACAGCACACCGCCAGCCCUGAAUGAGUAUGAGGUUCUGCCCAAUGGCUGUGAAGCCCACUGGGAGGUGGUGGAGCGGAUCCUGUUCAUCUAUGCCAAGCUCAACCCUGGCAUCGCUUAUGUGCAGGGCAUGAAUGAGAUCGUGGGCCCCCUCUACUACACCUUUGCCACUGACCCCAACAGCGAGUGGAAAGAGCACGCCGAAGCAGAUACCUUUUUUUGCUUCACCAACCUCAUGGCCGAGAUCCGGGACAACUUCAUCAAGAGCCUGGAUGACUCCCAGUGCGGCAUCACCUACAAGAUGGAAAAGGUGUACUCCACCUUGAAGGAUAAGGAUGUAGAACUCUACCUGAAACUGCAAGAGCAGAAUAUCAAGCCCCAGUUCUUUGCCUUCCGAUGGCUGACGCUGCUGCUGUCGCAGGAGUUCUUGCUGCCCGAUGUCAUCCGGAUCUGGGACUCCCUCUUCGCGGAUGACAACCGCUUUGACUUCCUCCUCCUGGUCUGCUGUGCCAUGCUUAUACUGAUCCGGGAGCAGCUGCUGCAGGGGGAUUUCACCAUCAACAUGAGGCUUCUGCAGGAUUACCCCAGCACAGAUGUCUGCCGGAUCCUACAGAAAGCCAAGGAACUCCAAGACUCGAAGUAACCUGAUAGCAAGAGGCCCAGGUUGGGAAGAGUGGCCAUGUGCACUCUGCACCCUGGGACACAAAGGAGACAGUGAGAAAGCCAGCCUGAGGGCAAGCUGCAGUCUUGGCCAGCUCCAGGGCUUCCCAACCUGGUUCCCACGGUCCAGACUGCUCCUCCUGGAACACACUGUGUUGUGUGCUUCUCAGUGCUGCGCCCUGCCACUCCCCCUGCACUUCAGCCCUGGGACCCUCUACCCAGACUGCUAUGUAGGGCUGGAGCUCCUGAAAUGGUUUCCUGGGGCUGCGGCUAUUUGGGGCAUAGGAGGCUGGCAAGGGUCCUGCCAUGCCUCUGCCCAAUAGCUCCUCAUCCUUUGUGCUUUCAUCUUCCUCUGGGUCCUGGUCAGGGGAGGUAAUUGGCUAAUGGGCCAGAAACCAUGUCUGAGUGUUGGUGCUCAAGCUACUUGAGGAAGUGACCCCAGGAGAGCUAAGUGACCGCCAGUUCUAGGUCCACCUUCUGUCUUUCUUGCCAGAUGUGUUUGCUCAUGUCUGGUAGGGGUGUCUCCCAGGUGUCUCUGCUUGUGUGCGGAUGUACAUGUGUGUCCACACAUGCCCUGGAAGUGGAGUAAGGGUAUGUUGGAAUCCCUCUAAGGCCCUGCUUCCCCUUCUCUGCGUCUCUACCUCUGCCUGUCUCUCUCUUCCUUUGCCAGAGGUUUGUGUGACUCCUGCUGUUUCUUCUUCUCUCCAAUUCUCUUUACCCUUCUCUUGGGUCACCUUACCCUGAACCUCUUCACUCUUUCCUUCCCUCUGCUCCUUGAAGCCAGCAGUCAGAAUGAGGAGUGUGGCUUAGUAAGACCCCUGGAGGCCAGCCUUGGCUUGGACACCCUUUUCCCAUCCCCAGCCUGAGGCUUUCAGGUCCGAUAGUCAGAGGGCCCUGACCCUGCUCUGGUCAUGGAAACCAAGUGCUGCUGACGAUGGUGGCCUGUGAAGCUUUGAGCCUCUUGCCCAUUUUUUUGCCCAAGAAUGGAGGAAGUGGGGAGGGGAGAGUCUUUUCAGAGGCUCUCUGAAGCCUCACUCAUCUCAGAGAUCAGGACAGCCUGGCUGUGAUAUGCCUGGGAGUUAGAUUCCACACAUUUCAGUAGAGCGGUUGUCCCCUUGGCUUCCAUGUUCCCACCUGAAGUAUGCAAGUCUUGGCAAGGGACCAAAGGAUGCCUCUCUGGGUCCAGGAUUGGCUAAACUCGAAGGCCUGGAGCCUCCCAGUAUCAGGAGGGCUACAGCUGUCCUCCACUCCCAUGGGGAUACGGAGGUGCUGGCCAUGUGUCUGGGCUGGCUCCUGGCUCCAGAGCUGGGUGCCCUGAGCUGCACCCUGUUCAGCAGGUAGACUUCUCUGACCAUACCCCUUUCCUCCUUUCAUGAGGAGGUUAGGUAGUCCCAAAGGCAGGUUGACAGCAACGGUUCUCAACUCAACCUCUCAGACUGGCCAGCUGGAGCCAGGCCUCCAGCAGCUGCCACCUGAAGCCUUCCUGAGACCAGUGGGCGGGGCUUCCCGCCUUCCCAUGCUGUUGUUUUAGCAAGUUUGGGUUGGGUGCUGCUGGGACUCUACUUUUUUUUUUUUUGCUACAUUUUCUCCCAACCCACAACAUUUGGGAGAUUUUUUACUAUUUAUUUAGAAAUGGGCUAGCUAUUUAUUGCAGAUGGGCAAGUGAUGUGGGACUGUGGGUGGGUGGAAGUGGCUGGGAUGAUAGAGGAGUUGGAAGCUUGGGUUGUCCUAUUUCCCAGGGUCAACCCUGGCAUCCUCUCCCUUGUUCCUGGCCAGGAGGCUGCCAGCUCCACACGAGACUGAGUAUAAUGGAGGCCAGAGCUGGUGCCUUUGCCAUACUCUAAGACACAGGCUACAUACACUCCUACCAUCCUGGUCGCCCCUUAACCUACGACUUGUUAGCUGGUAGUUCAGCCCCACCACUGAUCCCUUCGUCGCCUGGGACCCAGCAGACACUGCCCAGGACACUGAUGCAUUCCCUCUUUCCUGUUCUCCCUCCCUCCCCUCUUCCCUCCCUCUCUCCCCCUCCCUUUUUAUUACCCUCCUUCCCUCUCCCCUUCCUUCCCUCCCUCCCUCCCUCCCUUCCUGGGACCAUGCUACUGGAAUCACUGCAUCUGAUUUGUUUCUAUGGGAGACCUGCAUCCUGUGCCCACUACUUGGUCCUUGAGAUGAAGGCCAAGGUCACGGGGACUUUGUCUUGGGUAGGGUGGCUCCCCAUUUGGGUGCUGCCUGAGAGAAGGAUCUGCUCUGGGUGAGUCUUGAGGGGGAACCAGAGCCUGAGGUGCCUGCAGCUCACUUGGGAACAGCACCCAGGAGCUCAGUAGGCCAGCGUUGUUGACCAGUUGUCUUUAAUAAACCGUGUGCUCUUUA